CACAAACGCAACAGUCGUAUGGAUGCGCCUGGUGGUGGCGUUGAUGGUGGUGGUGGUGGUGGUGCUGCUGCUGCUGCUGCUGGUGAUGGUGAAACUCUGCAAGUUGACAUCUCAGUGAUUACGCGGUCGUGA